AAGAAUUGAAGAAUGGAAGAGAGACGUGUUUAAAAAUCUUACUCUUGAAAUAGUAUUUCAUUAACCAAUCAGCACAAAUCUAUACUCUUUUCUGAUUGGUCAAUCAAACGUUACUAUACGAGUAGAAUUUUCGAACGCACCGCAUUGUGGAGAAGAAGCGAUAACACCGCCAAGUGCCUAUAUAACCUCCAUAAAAAUAAAAUUAUAAUAUACAUUUAAAAACAAGUAUAAUAUAUAAUAAAAAAAAUAACAGUUAAAAAUGGCACGAAAUGCAGAGAAGGCUAUGACAACACUUGCUCGUUGGAGAGCAGCGCAAAACAAUGAAGGAGCAAAGAAAGAACAGGAGCGAAGGCCAUAUCUAGCUUCAGAAUGUAGAGACUUACGCAAGGCGGAAAAAUGGAGAAUGCAAAUAAUUCGGGAAAUUGCAAAAAAAGUUGCACAAAUUCAAAAUGCUGGCCUUGGUGAAUUUCGCAUUCGUGAUUUAAACGAUGAGAUCAAUAAAUUACUUAGAGAAAAGCGGCAUUGGGAAGCACAAAUAAAAGAGCUCGGUGGACCUGAUUAUUCUAGAGUAGGACCUCGCAUGUUAGAUCAUGAAGGACGUGAGGUUCCUGGUAAUCGAGGUUAUAAAUAUUUUGGAGCUGCUAAAGAACUACCAGGUGUUAGGGAAUUAUUUGAACAAGAACCACCACCACCCCCUCGGAAAACUCGUGCGGAAUUGAUGAAAGAUAUUGAUGCGGAUUAUUAUGGUUAUAUGGAUGACGAUGAUGGUAUUCUAGUACCAUUGGAAAUAAAAGCAGAACAAGAAGCGAGAGAAAAAUAUAUCAAAGAAUGGAUAUCCCGUGAGAAGGAACCAGAAGCUAAUAUUGAAACAACGGCGCAGAAACCAAUUCCUUCUCAGCAAGAUAUUCAAGGAGCUCUAUUGGUUAGAAAAAAGAAAGAGUUACUGGAAAGGUAUGGGCUGGACUGUUGAAGUUUUAUCUAAAAUAUGUUGUGAAAAGAGUUCCAAUUGCGAUAAUAACUAUUUGUAAGUUUAUUGAUUUAAUUAUAUAGAAUACAUUUUUAUAAAACGCGAUGGAGAUGUAAUAAUUAUUGUUAAUUUAUAAGUACGUGUAAUAACAUUGAUUAGGAUAAUUAGUUUGUGCAGUAGACAUUCAAACUUGAAUUAAUGUUUAUCGAGAAACGGGUGCUGUAGAUAAAAUAUAGAUCAAAAUCCAACGUUAUAGUCUGUUUAUAAUCUUCGCGAUCUGGUAUCUUUCUCAUCAUCUUAUCUCAUAUUUCAUGAUUUUGAAAAUUUGACAAAAUAUGAUGAUUCAAAUGACAUAGCAAUUAUCAGGUAAUCGUUAUUUCCUAAUCUAAAAAUCCUCGUACGCUCUUAUUCUCACAAAUGUAUCUCUGGAAAGUAACAAAGCAAUCCACAUGUUGGAGUUUGAGAUCUCUCGGCUUUUUAUCGUCUUGAUACAAGCGUCUAUCAAUGAAAAAUAAGAAUGUUAAAUGUACGAAACAUUACUUUUUUCUAAAAAGGAAAAGUUGUGAAAAUUUCAUCACGUUUUCUAAAAAUCUCCAGCUAGAGAUUGUAUAAUCCCAGUGCAGUGUUCUAAAAUAAAACGUAAUAUGGUGGUCCGGUCACUCCCUACACAAAUCCAAUAUCGACUUAUCAUGCAAAACACUAGAAAACGCUGUUGUAAGAUUAAUGUUAUCACAAUUACAUUACAUUAAAUUCAAAGAGUUAAAAGGCCUAAAAGUUACCCUGAAAAACUACCUGCUAAUUCAACAUAUAUUACUCACAUAAUAUGACUGGAAAUCUUGGAAUUUUCUCAAGUCUAGUUUGUGUCUUGUGUAAAACAAAUGUUCAGUAAUAAUCUUAUAAUCGAGAGAUAUUAAUACUAUAUCGCGUUAGUUAAUUUACAUAUUUAAACAUUUCUCUCCUCUCUUCAGCAUCGUGCUGUUUAUAAACAGACUGUGCAUUAAGAUGUACGAUAAUAUCGCUAGGACCCAGAAGUACAAUAAUAAUAUCACUUAAUACACAUAAUGCAGCUACAAAAACAAAUGCAAAUCUUAUCACAUUUAUAUCCUAAAUGUGUUUUCGAAUCUGUUUUAACCAAUUUUAUUAACUCACAGCUAAUUUUCACAUCCUGUAAAUAAAUAAUAUUAAGUAUAAUAUUGAACAAUUAUAAGAAUAUAUAAAUAUUUCUUAUAAUAUUCUCAUUCUCUUUAUAACAUAUAUCUAAUUAUGAUCAAAAUCGAAAGUGUAAAAACGUUUACAUGUCUUUUUGGAAGGAAAAAAAAAUUCAGUUUAAAUUGCAAAAAGGAUUUAGAAAUGAAAAAUAAUUCACUGAAUCUCUCUCUCUCUCUAGGACUUUGUAUGCUUAGGAUGUUCUAAACUCUCAUUUGCAGUAAUUAUUCGCAACAUGUAUAAAUACAUAUAUAUAUACAAAAAUCACUCUGCACGAUAAGAAAAUUCUCUUCAUGCCCUAAAAAAGACUUCUGAGCCCCGGCCAUGUUUUACUGCUAAAACGUAAAUGAGACAGAAUAGUUCGAGCAUGGAUUAAUAACUAUGAUAAAAAUUUACCACUAGAGGCUUGAAAAAAUCAAGCGUUAAAUGAUUCACAGCAUCUGUUUGUCCGUUGUAAUCAGUGGCUGGUUUUACCUGCUGAUCUGGGGGUUCCCUAACGAUUGUUUGGUCUAAACUCAUUUUCCGCAUUAUCAUCAAUGUGUAUAUGUAUGUAUACGAGUAUGUUUGUAUGUACAUUUAUUAAUAAUAAUCUUAAAUCAUAUUAUCUAAGAAUCGUGCUAUCAGAUAAUAAAAAAAAUCAUUAAUUAUCAAAGUAUUCAAUGUCGAAGAUUAUAAAUAUGUGUAUAAAAACAAAGGUCAAUCAAAUUUGCUAAAAAGUUCUACUUCAAAUUUGUUAAAGAAUCCAUAGACGUAAAAUUAAUUUUAUAAAGAGAAUAAUUUUUGUAUAUAUCUCUCUUUAUAUCAAAUUAAUUUCAUAAUAUCUAAUAUGAAAAAUCCAUCUUCAAAUCAUAUCUUCUCUACUCUUUUCUGUGUGUUCUCUAAUAUAAUUUUAAUAUGAUGAGGAAACCCCCUUGCUCAAAAAUUCUAAUAAUAAUGCAUAGAUUAUACCACAUAUCUACAACCUAACGUGUAUGCAUGAUCUCUUGUUUAUGUUUCUAUUUCAUUUAUAUUAUAGCGACUCUACAAACA